AUGACACUGCGUACGCGCUUCGAGAGCUCUGACGAUGUGGGUGUGUUUGCCCGCCUAACGAACGCGUAUUGUCUUGUCGCGGCUGGUGCUUCACAGAACUUCUAUUCCGUGUUUGAGCAGGAGUUGGCAUCACAUAUUCCCGUUGUGUACACGUCGAUUGGCGGUUCUCGCGUUGUGGGCCGUCUGACGAUUGGAAACCGCCAUGGUCUCGUCGUGCCAUCCAUCACCACUGACCAGGAGCUCCAACAUCUGCGCAACUCCCUUCCUGAUUCUGUGAAGGUGCAGAUGGUGGAAGAGCGGCUCAGUGCGUUAGGAAACUGCGUUGUAUGCAAUGACCACGUUGCACUUAUCCACACGGAUCUGAGUCGGGAGACGGAGGAAGUGAUUCGUGACACGCUGCAGGUGCAGACAUUCCGUACAUCCAUUGCAGAGAAUGCUCUGGUCGGUAGCUACGCAGCCGUGACGAAUAAGGGUUGCAUGGUGCAUCCAAAGACACCAGCACAAGAUAUGGAUGAGAUUGCUUCACUUCUGCAGGUCCCCGUGGUGGCUGGGACAAUUAACCGCGGUAAUGCAGCCAUUGGCUCCGGUCUUGUGGUGAAUGACUGGGCAGCGUUCUGUGGGCUCAACACCACUGCAACGGAAAUAACAGUGGUGGAGCGCAUCUUCCAGCUUCGUAGGGAUUUAGGUGGGGAUGAGUCGAACUUACUGCAGCAGUUGCGCGAUACGUUGGUGGAUGAACUGGCAUAA